CACCCUAGUGUGCAUUUGGCUCAGUGUUUCUGCCUGACGUGAUCAUGACGACAACGUUAGUUCUCUUCGGCUUCCUCCUGGCCUUGGCGCAGUUCCAGCUCGCCGAACUGACGAAACGUGGACGCCACCAUUCUGGGGAAAAACCAGUUCAUAAAACUACGACUAAAGCUAAAAGUACACCUACACCUAAACCUGUGCAUAAUAAGGAUUGUAAACCAACUGAUGCAUGCACUUGUAACGGCGGCUAUUGCAUCGAAAAUAGGAAGAAAGGAGACUGCGACGGACUCCUCUUUCCAAAUGAAUGUAAAACGCCCUUAUGUUCCUGCUGUGUAAAAGUAACUACAGUGAAACUGGAUGAAUGCGCAGCAGGGAACGACACCUGCCCGUGCCAACUCAGAAUGCCAGGAUAAAGAAAUAGGCUACGAAUGCGCUUGCAAUGCAGGCUUUGAGCAAUGUGGAG